GUGUGGAGAGUGAGCCGCAGGACUGGACCUCAGGAAAUCGAGCCCACGCAGAAGAGCCAAAAUACUGGCUGCCUGGUUCAGGACCGGACAUCUAGCCAGCCUACAGACGUGGAGCUUCAGAGUCAUGACUACAAAGGAGUCAGGAGGUGCCAAAGCAGAGUCGGCUCUCUCCUCAUCAGCCAAUCCGAGCAAGUGUGUGUCUGAAAAACCAAACUAUGCUCUGAAAUUUACUCUGGUGGGACAUACGGAAGCAGUAUCAUCAGUUAAGUUUAGUCCUAAUGGAGAAUGGCUGGCAAGUUCUUCUGCUGAUAAAGUAAUUAUAAUUUGGGGAGCCUAUGAUGGAAAACAUGAGAAAACACUUAAAGGACACAAUCUGGAAAUAUCAGAUGUUGCCUGGUCAUCAGAUUCCGGUCGUCUUGUUUCUGCCUCAGAUGAUAAAACUCUAAAGAUUUGGGAUGUGAGAUCUGGAAAAUGUUUGAAAACGCUUACUGGGCACAGUGAUUAUGUUUUUUGCUGUAAUUUCAAUCCACCAUCUAACCUCAUCAUUUCAGGAUCUUUUGAUGAGAGCAUGAAAAUAUGGGAGGUGAAAACAGGAAAGUGCCUUAAGACUUUGUCUGCUCAUUCUGACCCAGUUUCUGCUGUUCACUUUAAUUGUAGCGGGUCCUUGAUAGUGUCAGGUAGCUAUGAUGGUGUCUGUCGAAUCUGGGAUGCUGCAUCAGGUCAGUGUUUAAAAACACUUGUUGAUGAUGAUAACCCUCCUGUCUCUUUUGUAAAAUUUUCUCCAAAUGGUAAAUAUAUUCUCAUUGCAACUUUGGACAAUACUCUUAAACUAUGGGAUUAUAGCAGAGGCAGAUGCCUGAAGACAUAUACUGGUCACAAGAAUGAGAAAUACUGCGUAUUUGCCAGUUUUUCAGUUACUGGUGGAAAGUGGAUUGUGUCUGGUUCAGAGGAUAACCUGGUUUACAUUUGGAACCUUCAGACUAAAGAGAUUGUACAGAAAUUACAAGGCCAUACAGAUGUCGUAAUCUCAGCAGCUUGUCAUCCUACAGAAAACAUCAUUGCAUCAGCAGCAUUAGGAAAUGACAAAACAGUUAAAUUGUGGAUGAGUAAUUACUAAACCCUUUAGAAAUCAAGUAGUAGAGUCAAAUUGGCCAAAAAAAAAGGUAUUUUAAAAGAUGGUUUCCUCUCAAUUUUGGCAUGGUUUUGUAUUUUUUUUAAAACAUUGCCUUGAAUUACAAGAUUUUAAGACCUAUAACCUCAAUUUGCAAAGCAACACAGUCUAGAUCCCAGGGCUUCUGACUUUAAUCUUGAGGUCUGUUAUUAAUCUCUUGUGUCUGUCCUUGAGCAGAUUCUCAUUCUGUUCCUCUACUGACUAUUCUAGAGGAUCAAUGUAUUUGACAAAAAUUUAGAAGUAAGGCUCACAAGACAGGAUGACUGAUUAAAUGAGGGGAGCAAGGGAGUCUGGAAUAACUCCAAGGUAUUUGGUUUGGGCGAUCAGAUGAAUUAAGAGAAUAAGCCUAGGAUGGUGGUGGAUUGGAGAUUUAUGUCAGAUGCCACUCACACACUUUAAGUGAUAGCCUACACGAUGGGACGUGAAAUGGUCCAUGGAAUCAAGUUUGUAAAUUGGGAAAAAUAAGCAAUGGUUGUGUUUGUUCUGAGUCUAAAAGUUUUAAGUUUUUAUCAAAAUAAAAAUUAAAAAUAAACCAGAACAAAAUUAUAAAGGCAUUUUACUGAAGGACUUCUCACUACCUCGUCAGAUUGCCCUGUCCUGAUCCUCAGGGCAAGCUCAAUGUCUGAAUGAGGCUGCUCUCUUUCAUUAGGUCUGACCUAACCCUACCCAUGCUACAGACUCAGUUCAGAAAAUCACCACUCUGUGUAACCGUCACUGGCUGCCUGCCUCCAGCCACAGCUGACAGCUGAAUUCGGUUUUCUUGCUUGCUAUAGCUUCUGUUAUAAAAUUCAAAAUGUAUCAUUUACCAAUUUGUGUUGUAAUGGUUUCAAGGGCCAUCUGUCUGGUAAACUAUGAGCUCUGCGGAGUCAAGUAUGUUUCAUUUAUCUUGCUAUUCUUACUUUUUCUAUAUAGGAGGGACUCAAGUAAUGUUUGAUGAAUAACAAUGAAUUAUACCACCAUCACAACUUCAUUCCUUGCCUGCUUUCAAUAGGUUUUUGGAGUCAAUUCCCUAUACUAUUAUUUUUGUUGAUUAAAAGUACCUAACCAUAGCCUCACAUGUUAACUUUAUUCAAACAGGGCUUACAGGAAAUAUAAAGUGGAAAAUGUUUUCUGCCCAUUUUACCUAUAGAGACAUGAUAAACAUGAAAAAAUCUAGGAAUUAAGCAAAACAUAGUACAAUGAUCACUUAAUUGAAAGUAGGUAUUAUAGAAUACAAAAGAAGACAGUUUUGCCCUUGUUGCUUUUAAU